UUCCAGCGCUGCACUGGCCAGGCGGGAUGAGUCAGGACUGGCUGGCUCUGCAGUGCACCUUCCCAUAGGUGAGGGACUCGGACCUCUCUGGGGGGAAAACAGCAGUGCCUGAUCGUCCUGGCCUUGGCUUUGGCAGGGUACUGGAGCCCUGGGUCUGCCGGGUCUGGCCUUCGGGGCCACGGCUGGCUUUCCCUGAUGUAUGGUAAGAGCCCUGCGCGUGUGCUUCCACUUCUCCUGGGCUUACAGCUCACAGCUCUUUGUCCUGCAGCAGCCGUGGAAAUUUACACCUCCGGGGCUCUGGAGGCAGUCAACGGGACAGAUGUUCGGUUAAAAUGCACUUUCUCCAGCUUUGCCCCUGUGGGCGAUGCCCUGACAGUGACUUGGAAUUUCCGUCCUCGAGAUGGGGGCCGCGAGCAGUUUGUGUUCUACUACCACAUGGAUCCCUUCAGACCCAUGAGUGGACGGUUCAAGGACCGGGUGGUCUGGGAUGGGAACCCUGAACGGUACGAUGUCUCCAUCAUCCUCUGGAAGCUGCAGUUCGAUGAUAAUGGGACAUACACCUGCCAGGUGAAGAACCCACCUGACGUUGAUGGUCUGGUAGGGUCAAUCCGGCUCAGCGUGGUACACAAUGUGCCCUUCUCUGAGAUCUUCUUCCUGGCUGUGGCCAUUGGCUCUGCGUGUGUAGUGAUGAUCAUAGUAGUAAUUGCUGUGGUCCUCUUCCAGCACUUCCGGAAAAAGCGAUGGGCGAAAAGGGCUGAUAAAGACGUGGAGAUAAAAUCAAAAGAAGAGGAAAAACUCAAACAAGAGAACAAGGCCUCCAUUUAUUUGGAAGAAUCAGACUAACACUGUGAGGAAGCCGAGGAUUUUCAAGGACAACAUUAAUACCCCUUGAAGUCAAUGGAAACUUUUCCAGUGAUGACCUCUCAUCCCGAAAGUUCUGCUGCACAAACCUGCCUAGAUGAGCAACGCCCCUGCUGAGCAGCUUAGGGCUCUUCCUGAGCAGACGCCACUCGACUUGUGUAUACCUUCAUUACUAGGGUUUUACCUAAUUCCGGAGUACAAAUGUGUAGUAGCCUUUGCAAACUGGGAAGUUACGUUUUUGUCCAUCCACAUGCAUUAUGGAGAAUGGCUACUGUACUCUUGUGUUUAUUGGCAUGAAAGGGCAGAAAUGCCAGCUAGCCUGACUGCCAGGACAUUUCUUCUCACAUUUUAAUUUCUUUAGAACAGCAUAGGGGUAUGCUAAAGGGUCUGGAGAGGUGGCUCAACCUUUAGUAGUACUUGUUGCAUCUACAUGGUGGCUCACAACCAUCAGCAACUCCAGUUAUAGAGGAUGUGACACCUUCUGGUGUCUGCAGGUACUGCAUGUUUGUGGUACAUACAUGCAGGCAAAACUCCCAUACAUAAAAUGAAAAUAAAUUAAAUCACAAAAAGGUGAGCUAAACCUACCAGACAUUUUUGAUUAAAAGCAAACUCCAAAUUCACACCGGAAGUCUGAUUUUCAUGUCUGUCUUUAAGUAACAGACACAUCCUAUUUAACUGAAUUUGUUCAGUAUCCUAGAUUAAUGACAAUACAAAGUUUAUAGGUGACAGCACAAGUCUAAGCAUAGUAACUACAAAAGAUCACGGGAAUACCAGUAUACCGCGAAUGUCACCAGGAAGAAUUGCUCAUCGCCAUUUUUAUGAUUUAUUUUUCCACAAGUUCUCACUAUGUAUCACUGGCUGGUCUAGAACUAGCUAUUUAGAGCUGGCCUUAAAGCUAGAGAGUCCUCCUGCCUCAGCUAUCAAGGGUUGGGAUUAAAGGUGCACCACGACAUCCAGCCUCACUGCAGGUCUGUACUGAAUACAGAGCUUACCGUGUUCCCCAUCCCUCAGCAGAACCCAUGCUCAUUCAAAGACUGGAACCCUUAAGCUGUUUAUUGGAAGACUUUGUGAUACUUUUGGUGUGUGAACACACGCUAGAACAACAUUGUUCGGGGUCUAUAGUUACUUGUUGUGUGCACAGGUCAGAACAACAUUGUUUGGAGGACAGUGAACAUCUGAAAGUUUAGGCCACAUUACAAUGUGAUGUUUUAGUCCUCAUUAGACUGGGCUGCACAGAUUAUUUCUUUUAACACACUGGAAUUUCCAAUAGAGUAUAUUCCUUGACACAGGAUCUUGACUUCUUACUCGGUCUUUAAAUCAAAUUGGCAUAAUUUACAUAUGAAUCUGCCCUUGAAAUUUACUCCAUACCUCUCAUUCUGCAUUUUAUACUGCCUUUAAAAAGUUUUGUUGUUUUGUGUUCUCUCUUAAUUAAGACAGGAUCUGUUUGUAGACUUCACUGUUCUGGGACUCACUUUGUAGACCAGGCUGGCCUUGAACUCAUAGAGAUCCCACUGCCUCUGCCUCCCUAGCGCUGGGAUUUAAGGCAGGGUGCCACCACAUCUUUUUGAUACCCAGUUUUUAACUACAAGUUAGAUCUAUAUUUUCUCCUGUUCUUUGUAAUUCACCAUUGUGAAUAUUAACAACUGGAUGUUUCUUUAAAUGAUGGCCCGUGUAUGUUUCAUACGUGUAAGGAAGUAGUUAAAAACUUCUCCAGCAAACUUGCACCUUGUGUCUUGUCUGAAUACUCAUUGGGUAUCACAGCCUUGUUCAGUGUCUCCUUCGUAAGAGCACUUUUGUACUGUAAUUUAUUUUUUAUUAUGCCUGAAACAUUGUGUAAAUAAACCCUUAGUAAUAAAAA